UGUAGUUCAAUCCAAUGCGCAGCUCGGACCGUGAUUACAUACACACCAGCACAUCGCUCAAUUAAGUGUUGCUCUUUUAUUACAAACUGGACGACAGAACUCACUCUGCAGGUUAUGUAUUAAAACAGUACUUCAUCUAAGAGCUCGUAUUUCGCAAAGAUUCAGGAGAUCUCAGUAAUGGAGGAAGAGGAUGAAUGUCCAGAGUUAGUUCCCAUCAAGGAGAAGCAAACCGGACCCACAGUUCAGAUACCAGUCACCAUCAUCACCGGAUACUUGGGUGCUGGAAAGACAACACUUUUGAACUACAUCUUAACAGAGCAGCAUAAUAAACGAAUAGCUGUCAUUCUUAACGAAUUUGGUGAAGGCAGUGCUCUGGAGAAGUCUUUAGCUGUCAGUCAGGCAGGAGAGCUGUAUGAGGAGUGGCUGGAGCUGAGGAACGGCUGCCUGUGCUGCUCGGUCAAAGACAAUGGUUUAAAAGCUAUUGAAAAUCUAAUGGAGAAGAAAGGAAAGUUUGACUACAUCCUUCUAGAGACGACUGGAUUGGCAGAUCCAGGAGCUGUUGCUUCCAUGUUUUGGGUUGAUGCAGAAUUAGGAAGUGAUGUCUAUCUGGACGGUAUUGUCACAGUUAUAGAUGCUAAAUAUGGGAUGCAGCAUCUAACAGAAGAGAAGCCAGAGGGUCUUAUCAAUGAAGCUGCAAGGCAGAUAGCUCUUGCUGAUCUGACCAUCAUCAAUAAAACUGAUCUAGUGGAUGACAGUGAGCUGGUGGUGCUCAGAGAUACAGUGAGAUCAAUAAAUGGGCUUGUGAAGAUUUUGGAGACACAAAAAUCCAGGGUUGACCUGUCUCAAGUGUUAGAUUUACAUUCAUUUGAUAUCAACGAUGGUGUAAGGUUAGCUGAAAAGCUGCAGCUGGUGAAAACAAGCCAACCACAUCUAGACAAGAGUAUGCUGACUAUAACAUUUGAAGUUCCGGGCAGUGUGUCAGAGGACCUAUUAAAUAUAUUCGUUCAGGAUCUCCUAUGGGAAAAGACAUUUAAGAACAAAGCUGGCUUGCCAAUGGCAGUUAUCCGGUUAAAGGGGAUCCUCUCCAUCCAGCAGAAACAAAAGAAGGUGAUGUUGCAGGGUGUCCAUGAGCUUUAUGAGCUGGAUGAGACUCCAGAGUCCUGGGCAGAUCAUGAGCCAAGAAGCAACCGACUCGUCUUCAUUGGUCGGAACCUUGAUGGUGAGAUUCUGAAGAAAGAGUUUAUUUCAGCCAUGUCAAAUAAAGUCUGACACCAACAAUCUCCUCUCAUAAGACAUUUGUGAAAUCACUGGAAAAAACAGCUGUUUCUGUUUGCAACCCACGGUUUUUAAAAGAGUUUGUACCUGGGUUGCAAAUCCUGCAACAGCUUUAGGUGCUUAUCAUGCUCCAUAAUGUUUUGAAUAGAAAAAGUGUUCAUAUCUGACACUUGUUUCUCCUAAACUUGUAGAACUUUGUACUAAAAAUCCUUUAAUCAUCUGUACACCACAUUUCAAACCAGUAAAACUAUUAACUGAAAUGUCUUAAAAUGUCAUUUAUUUUACGUUUCCGGUUUCUCCAAAUAUGGAUCUGGAAAUGCAUAUCUAUAUAAAGACCUAUAGUCUUUAUUUUAAAAGUAUAUCGUUAUUUAAACAAUUCAGUUGGGUGAUCAAUUGCUUAUCAUUUUACAUGGACUUUUCACAGUGUAAAGUGUAAAAUAGCAGUAACCAGUGAAAUAAAUGUAGUCUUGAGUUA